AUGUGGAGACCGAUCACCAGCAGGCAGCUCAGCGUGCUCUGCUGGCGACUCGGCAGCACGGCGUUGACGCGAACGUCAGCCGCUCGUGUCAACGCCGGGCGACGAAGACCCAAUGAGUUGCGCCCCUUGUUGCGAAGACCGUGCACCUCGGAAACCUCAACAAGCGCCAAGCCGGUUUCAGCCACUGCGCGCACAAGCGCAGCGCCCGAGCCGCGCACCACCGAGUCCGCGUCAACAGCCGAGGUCGACCAGCACACCUCGUCGUCGUCGGUAGCAGAGGCAGCACCCGAGGCGGUCCAGGCGUACCGUCCGGGGGAUCGCCGACCCGGCUGGGCCGGGUUCUUCCGAGGCCUCUUUGGCGGCACCCAGGCGGCGAUCGAGGAUACGCUCGCAGCGGAAGCUCGGAGGCGCGGCCAACUCAACGACGCAGAGCCCGUGCGAGCCAGCGUACAGCGUGCUCAUCGCUCGCGAUCAGCAGCCACCUCUCACGCAACGUCUACGGCGUCGGCAGCGAACCGCGAAGCUGGCACCGCACUGGUACCCCAGGGGCGCGUUCGGUCGCACGACGAUGACGCUCAAGGCGAUGCAUCCACAACAACAGGCUAUGCGUCCGUGCUGAACCGAAUCUUUUCGCGGUUUGCGGGUUCACCGUUUAUGCGAUCAGUGCUGGAGGCUAAAGAGCGCGUCAGCGAGCGUCUGGAUGAGAGUGAUCAUCCAGUGGUGAACGUCUUUCGAACGAUUCACGACCGCUUCUUCGCGGAGAAUGAAAUGGCACAAGUCAUUGGAGCGAUUCGGACCCUUGAUCCCAAGUUUACCAUAUCUCGUUUCCUUGUAGAUAUCGAGAGUCGUCUGAUUCCAACCGUUCUUGGAGCGUAUCUUGCCGGUGACCUGGAGACAUUGCAAGAGCACUGCACUGAAGAGGCGUUCGCUAUGAUGGCUGCAAGCAUCCACGAACGGCGCCUCAGCGGCAUCGUCAUGGACACGCGCAUUCUGGACCUGGACCACGUCGAGCUGGUAACCGGUAGGUUCCUCGACGAAGAACCCGUGCUUAUCGUACAGUUCACCACGCAGCAAAUCCAUUGCCUCCGGGACCUCCACGGUGAGGUUAUUGAGGGUGCGCCCGAUAACAUCCGCGCCGUGUACUACGUGUGGGCACUGUGCCCGGCGUUCGCGGGAGAGCCCGCCGCCUCUGCCGCCGCCGCCGCCGCCGCUGAAGACACGACAUUCACCCCGACGUGGCGUCUCAUGGAGAUGGUCGUUCGUGGGGCACACGCAACCAUAUAA